UUGUGUAUUGUUUAUUCGCACGGCACAAGUAGAAUUCCUAUAUCAAAACAACAAAGACAGCUUGCAUACGAAUAGCAGCUGUGAUCAGAGAAAAACGUCAACAAAAGUAGAAAAUAAGAUUUUUAUUAACAUAUAAAAUUCAUAGAGUAUAUUUAAAAGUUCAUUGUCUUUGUGAUAAAAUCGUGUUUCCAUACAUACAAAAAAGGAGAAAUAUUAAAAUUGUAAAAUCAGCAUAUCACGGGACAUCGAACAUCUUAUUGGAAAUUAAAAAGUAAAUAAUUUUAUUGAAAAAGAAAAGGGCUGCGUAAUUUUCAAUUUUUAUUAUCACCAUAUUCACCAGUUAACUACCGUGUCACUCAGUUUCAGUGCAAGCUAGUGCAUAGCAGUAGUGAUAUAUUCAAUAAAAAGUCUUAUUGUGUUCACAAAUGCCCAAGUGUAUAGGCAUAAACAUAUCUACAUACCUAUAACACCAUAUAGAUUUUGCAAUAUUUUGUUUACACAUUCGUUGACUUCUUCAAAUACGCAAAAGACUCACUGCAGGUCAGUUUUUUUGAAUUGUCAUAAAAUUCGUUCCAGUGUACAACAUAUCGUUUAAAUUCCACCUUGAAGUCCUUUAUAGUUAAGAGGUUAAUGCUCAAUUAUACAUUUUGAGUUGAUAAAAGAUUUCGGAGUAUCAUCGACUAAUAGCUAGAAAAAUAGCUACUUGGCAAAUUUUGAAUGUGAUAAUUGUUUCUUAGUUAUUUAGUAAUUAAGCUACAUAUAUUUUCAAUAAAAAAAGAAAAUCGUGUAACCAGACCAAUAUGAAUACCAGCGGCAUUUUUUUCGACGAGCAAUUCGCCCAAAUUUACACACAUUUAGUACAGAACUAUGUACCCGACUUUAUAAUGGAAGCAAGCAAACACUUUGUGUAUACACCCUGGGUAUUCUCAUUACUCGGUUCAGUGGUUAUCGGUCUAGCUGGUAUAUUACCACUUAUUAUAAUACCCUCAGAAGAGAAGCUGAAGAAAGGCGGUUUCAAAGAUCCUGGUGAAUCAAAGUUCUUAAAAGUACUACUAAGUUUCGCUGUCGGUGGCCUAUUGGGUGAUGUUUUCCUUCACCUAUUACCAGAGGCAUGGGAAGGCGAAAAGCAUUCUUCCACUGGUCAUCCUUCUUUGACCUCAGGACUUUGGGUUUUAUCGGGUAUACUCAUCUUCACUAUUGUUGAGAAAAUAUUCUCUGGCUACACAAAUGCUGACGAGGAGAAUCCUCAACCAAAGUGUGUGGAAAUUGCAAAUUGUUUAAUACGAAGAACAGGCGGAAAAAUACCGGAGGGGCAUAACAGUUCGGAGUCUUGUGCGAAAUCUUGUGAUAUUGAAGAGAUUCCCAAUGGUUGUUUCUUAAGAGAGCGCGAGCAAAAACAAAAAGAUCAACCCAAAAAAGUGGCUGGCUACUUAAAUUUAAUGGCGAAUUCAAUUGACAAUUUCACGCAUGGAUUGGCCGUUGCAGGUUCGUUUUUGGUCUCCUUCCGACACGGCGUGCUGGCAACAUUUGCGAUUUUGUUACAUGAAAUACCACAUGAGGUUGGAGAUUUCGCCAUACUCUUACGUUCAGGUUUUAGCCGAUGGGACGCUGCACGUGCCCAAUUGCUGACCGCUGGUGCCGGUUUGAUGGGUGCGCUGGUGGCAAUCGGUGGCUCGGGUGUCACAUCCGCAAUGGAGGCUCGUACAUCGUGGAUUAUGCCUUUUACGGCUGGAGGAUUUUUACAUAUUGCUUUGGUCACAGUUUUACCAGAUCUCUUAAAAGAAGAGGAAAAAAUGGAGUCCUUAAAACAAUUGCUUGCGCUCGUUUUUGGUAUACUACUUAUGGCUUUUAUGACGGCAAUUUUUGAAGCGUGAUGAAAUUAAUAACAGAAUUUGUUUAUAUAAAAUAAAAAAAAAUUAGUAGUUACACUCGCAUGUGAAUUUUAUAAUUGACCAAAAAUUAUCGGGUUUUCUCUCACAUAAUA